UGCUGCUGCUUUCAUAUUAGAUGCAAAACUUAGCAAGUCUUAUUUAUACAUAUAUUCUUUCAUUGAACCUUCUCUUGCUGUUCAUUGCUGCACGACGUGAAAGCGAAGAAAAAUGAAGAAUUCUAAGAAAACUGGAGUACGGAAGUACCACAAAUCGGAAAAUCCACGCUUGCGGUGGACACCUGAACUCCAUGAAUACUUUGUUGAAGUUGUGGAAGGUCUUGGUGGAAAAAACAAGGCAACACCAAAGAGCAUUCUGCAGAUGAUGCAUGUGAAAGGACUGAGGAUCUCUCACAUUAAAAGCCAUCUUCAGAUGUACAGGAGCAUGAAGGGACAUACGAUUCUCGCAUCAAUGCAACAGGAGAUGGAAGAAAAUGUGCAUGUUAACGACCAUCACUCAAUCUGCUCCAACUGUUCAUCCCAAAGAUCACAAGAAAUUCACCCGUUUGAAAGUAAAGGACUUUCACAGACCAGUGAAACUGAUAAUUACGAUCUAAAUCAGGAACCCGAGUCAAGUGCUUGUUUAUUUAGUGAUACGUCAAAUGAAGAAAAUAGUAGGACAAUGAAAUUUCUUGAUCUCUCAUUCUCUUUCGGCUCUCCACUAACUCCAACGAUUGACGGUGAUCAAGAGAGAAUGCGUUUCUCUUCGCCAAAUACAGCAGAUAAUAUUCAUGUCAUCGAUUCUAAUUCUGUAGAAUCUCAUGGGAGCAAUUAUAUAAAUUUAGACCUAACAAUAUGAAUAUGUAUCAUUUCUGUAACCAUGAACGCAAUAUUUAUCGUAGGCUUAGGGUUUUGGCAAAGAUUUAUAAAAGCUAAUGAAUUAUUGUAUUAUCUCUAAUAGUUAAAAUGGUUUAAGUAGA